UUAUAAGUCUAUGGAUAUGGAACGUCAUAACAUGAGUAAGAGGCAGUCUGAGAAAGAACCUGGAGAUUCUUCAAAUGCUAACAUGCUUUGGAAGAUCCCUGAUAACUUAAGUUUUAAUAGCCAGGGGAUGUCAAAUAGUAUUAAAAAUGAGAUGCAGAAGAAAAAACCUGAACAGAAGCAGUACGAAGAAGACAAGGAUCCAGUUUCUAACCCAUCAAAGCGAGGUAGGAAGCGCAAGAGAGAUGUCGAGGGUGACCUCUCCCCAAAAUCUAGAAGAAAAGCACAGAACAGAAUCUACUGCCGUGAAAAUAGAAGGAAGAAAAAGGAGUAUAUCACUGAACUAGAGAACACAGUUGAUAAACUUGAAGGCGAAAUUGUUAGGCUAAACAACCUUAUCGAUAAGUACAGGUUCAAAAUCGGGGUUCAUGUCAUUGGGGAAGAGAAAGACUUCCAAGAGUAUAAUGAACUACAGGAAUAUCGUAGGCAGCAUGCAGUUAAAUCUCUCCAAGAAGGGAAAGAUAAGAAAGAACUCCAGAGAAAUAUCAAAGAGUUCUCUAAGUUUGCAGGUCUAGCUUCUAAUGAUAGGAAGAAGUUAAUCAAAGCAGCUGUGAGAGUUAUUGUCGAGAAUUUGGUCCCACAUAGAGUCAGAAUUUUGCUCAACUUGUGUGACACCCAGACUAAUCCAUCUUUUGAAGAUAUCCAGAAGUUAUUCAAAUGCGAUGAGAAAAGAUUCCAGAUCGAGGUCAAGGAUCCUAAGUUUAGUGAACUAGACAGGCUGCAUUACAAGAUGAAGUUGGAUCCCUUCCAUCACUUCAAUUUAAGAAGAAAGCUACCGUUAUGGAUAAAGUAUAAAUAAAAUGUUUGAGUCAUGUGUCCACGAUUUGAUCAGAGUGAGGAACAGGAUUUUCAACCUCCACAUUGAUUUUUCAACAAGGAUGGACAAUCCCAAGGAAAUAGGAAUAUCACCUGAAGGAGUCAUCAGAUUUUAUGAAUUAACUAAGAAAAUGGAGCAUGAAGAGAGAUAUGAUAUUUUCAAUACUUGGAAUAUAAAGCGCACUGUUGAAUCAGCAACUAUUACUGAGAGUAAUACUAUUGAUGAAGAUGAGAUAGAACUUAGCGAUAUAGAAAAUGAAAAAAUUGGCAGCCACAUUGGUCAAUUCGAAGAAAGGAGUGAAGAGAAUAUUAAUUGUUAGCUCAUA